AUGCUGCGCUCUUUCAAAAAUAGGGCAUCCAGCGUUUUCCGCAAGAAGAAGGCGGCAGACACGGAGCCUGCACCGGACCUGCCUGUUCCACCUUCACCUGCCGACACUUCAGCUCCUGGUCCGGCUCGCUAUAUCCCACCUCCACCUCCACCUCCUCCAUACUCACAACCAUCAACAUCGCUCUAUACUCCUUCUACUGCCUCAACACGGCCUGAGCAAAAUCAACAGGAGCGAGAGCAAGAACAAGAACGAGACCAGGAACAGCAACCCCGAGACGACCACCAACAAGACCAGCUAUUGGAUCAAGCUCCCGCGCAUCAACCACCAGCGCCAGACCCUGCGGCGCCAGAUCCCUUCGCGCCUAAAUACGUCCCCUAUAUCGAGGCCACUCCACUCAAGAACAACAUGUUCGCUGGGACAGCAGGCAGAUAUGGGCGGGUGAACCCUGAUAUCAUGGGUGGCUUCGGUGAUGACGAUGACUCCAUCUGGCUUGUGGAUGACGAAGAGUCGGACGAGGAACAGCGCCGAGAGCAGCGCAAUAAUCAAGUCCGAACUUCUAAUUCUCUACGCACCCCUUCACGGCCAGUCUCGCGACAUUCUACUGCUUCUUCUUCGCGUACACCAGCAACGACACAAAUCCUGGACUCGGGUCCUGCCCCUCCGAGUUCUUCUUUGAGACCGGCUUUCCGCUAUCAUGUGCCCUCUCUCCUCGACGACGACGAGUUCACCUCGGGCACUCUCUCAAGCACUGUUGCGACACCGGAAACACCACCUACUCAGGAAACCUCCCCUGCACCAAGACGAGGCUACGGCCCCGUGGCACCAUCAAUCCUCAAUCUCACCGAUCUCGGCGUCGACGCCGACGACAUUCACGAGCCCCCAUCAAAGAGACGAAACGUUACCCCCCUCCCCACCCGGCCUGCGGUUGCGUCUUCCUCUUCCUCUUCUUUAGUUAACCCGUACGUUGCCCGGUUUCAGCAGCCGGAUGAUGCCAAGAUACCGGCAUCCCUCCGCCAGCUGGAUCAGUCUGCGGAUGACGUCGCUGAUGAUUUCAGCUUUGGCCAGCGAUAUCAGAAAGCUCCGGACUCAUCUGAUGUGAUUGUCACCCACCAGCGAAUACCAGCAGAGGCGAGCACCGGCGACGUGGAGUGUUUGGUUUGUACAGAGACUAAGGGAGCUAAUGCCUUCCCUCGUUUCUCGAUAACGUCGUCAUGCACCCACCCUCCGAGCACAUGCCUUGAUUGUAUUCAGCUGUCCAUUGAGUCGGACUUGAGUAGCAAGCUCUGGACCGAGAUCAGGUGUCCUGAAUGCCGUGAACUACUAGAAUAUGUCGACAUACAGAGAUAUGCCAAUAACCAGACGUUUACGAGAUAUGAGACUCUGGCUCUUCGGGCUGCCAUGUCGGAAGCUGAAAACUUUAUAUGGUGCACUUCUGGCUGUGGCUCCGGUCAGAUCCAUGACUCGGGCUCUGAGCAGCCGAUUGUUACUUGUCUUCACUGUGGCCAUCGCUCAUGCUUCCAUCAUAAUGUUGUGUGGCACCAGACUUUGAGUUGCGACGAAUAUGACCAGCUCCUCGCCGACCCUGAAAACUUUCGCUCUAACCUCGAGAUCGAGAACGAGAAAUGGUCGGAAGCCCAGCGAGCUCAGUUGGAGGCUGACAGAGCUAUGGCACAGGGGCUACUGGCUGAGGAUCAGGCUGAGCGGAGGCGCCAGGAAGAAAGAGAACGAAAGGAGAGGGAGCAAGCUCAAAAGGCAGCCAAGCUGGCACGCCAGAUUGCCGCCAGAAGGAAGCGGGAGGAGGAACAGAGCCGGGCUACCGUGAGCCAAACGACGAAGCCUUGCCCCGGGUGCGGGUGGGCUAUCGAGAAGAACAGGGGCUGUUCGCACAUGACUUGUAAGUUGAUCCCCGUUGUCCUUGAUUUCCUCCUUGUUGCCCCCCUGAGGCUCAACCCUGCCCUUGAUGGCAUCAAGUGCAAACACGAGUUCUGCUUCGAGUGCGGCGCGAACCACCGCGAGAUCAUGAAGAAUGACAAUAGCGUCCACAAGCGCACAUGUCGCUACCAUCCAGAUAACCUUGAAGACUAUGAAGGUGAAGACACGGAAUGA